AUUAUCAUUGUUGAUGUUAUUUACAGGUACAUGGUGAUUUUAAAUGGUCGGCAGACUAUUGAGAAAGCAUUCGUUGGAAAUGCAUUGGCAUUCUCCAGUCGGCCAAAAUUCUACUUCACCUCUCUCUACAAUCCAAACCAGAAAGGAAUUGCUGAUCAUCCGUACAAUGGAGUGUUCAAAAAAUAUCACAAAGUUUGUGAAAGUGUUUUCAAAAAGUUUGGAUUAGGACAGGAAAUGAUGAAAGCUAGGGUGAAGGAAGAAGUGGAACAUCUCAUUCAAAGAAUAAAACUUAGAAAUGGUCAACCAUUCUAUCCAUCAUUAGAUGUUACAGCAACUUUUUUCAACGUCAUCAGCAGCAUUUUGUAUGGCAAACGAUGGUCCGUUGAUGAUCCCGAGUUUCUCCUAUGCUUCGAGGUCUUAAGGAUAACUGCGCGAAAUUUAUAUAUAAAUUUUUUUCCAGUUUUGAGAUUUGUUCCAUAUUUCAGAAGACAAUUUAAUGAGUUUGUUGAAGCCAUACAAAAAUUGUACCAAUUUAUUGAGAAGAGUAUUGAUUCAAUCGUAAACGGUGGAAACGGCGAAACGUUCAGUAGCAAGUUUGAGGAUGAAAUGAAACUUCAUUCUGAUGAUUCAAAUAUGAGCACAUUAGUUAAUGAAGAGCAGCACAAAAUAAUGGUAAGGGACUUGAUGGUAGCGGGCACAGAAACUUCAGCAAACACGGUUCUCUGGUUUCUCUAUUUCAUGGCCAAUCACCAAGACGUGCAACAGCAGAUGAGAGAUGAGCUGGAUAGAGUCGUCGGUCUCAAGAGAUACCCAUCACUCGAAGAUAAGCCAAAGUUACUCAUAACCGAAGCUUGUACAUUAGAAGUGAUGAGAAUUAAAACACUUGCACCAACAGGCUUUCCUCGAAUGACUUUGAGGGAUGUUGAAGUUGAUGGGGUGCUCAUUCCCAAAAAUGUCACAGUCCUGGCAAAUUUGUACAGUGCCCAUAUGGAUCCUGAUGUUUGGAAUGAACCAGAAAAGUUCAACAUUGAAAGAUUCCUAAAUAAGGACCGAACUGAACUUGUUAACAAAAGUCAUGUGAUUCCUUUUUCUAUCGGCAAACGUUCCUGUAUUGGAGAACCACUGGCUCGCCAGGAAUUGUUUCUCGUGGUUUCCACACUCAUUCAGCAGUUUCAAAUCCUUCCACCAGAGGGACAG